AUCUCAAAUCAAAUCAGUGCUUUUCUUCAACCUCUCUCUCUCUCUGACCAAUUAGGGUUUUUGCGUUUGAUUUCACGUUUCUCCGACUGAUCUUCUCAAGGUUUUUGAAAAUGGUGGAGAAUGGGGUUAAGGCUAUGAAUGGAAAGAAGAGAGCGCUUCCAGAGAUUAAAGAGACUGAAGAUGUCCCUAGGACGAGGAGGCCGAGGCGUGCUGCAGCGUGUACGGAUUUCAAGGAGAAAUCUGUUCGACUCUGUGAGAAAUCUGCUACUAUUGAACUAAAGAAACAGCAGACCGUGGACGAGGAGAUUGUCGCGAUAAUGUUAACGGCUAAGGAAGGUGGUGACGCCGAGCCUCGUCCAACAAGGAGGCUGAAUGAUUUCGUUUUGUUUGAUUCAGAAGGAGAUUUACAGCCUGUUGAGAUGUUGGAGAUUAGUGACAUAUUCGUUUCUGGUGCUAUCUUACCUUCAGAUGUAUGUUCUGACAAGGAGAAAGAAAAGGGUGUGAGGUGUCCAUCUUUUGGACGGGUUGAGAAUUGGAGUAUAUCUGGUUAUGAAGAUGGUUCCCCGGUGAUAUGGAUCUCAACGGAGUUGGCGGAUUAUGAUUGUUGUAAACCUGCUGCUAGGUACAAGAAGGUUUAUGAUUAUUUCUAUCAGAAAGCCUGUGCGUCAGUGGCUGUGUAUAAGAAAUUGUCUAAGUCUUCGGGUGGGGAUCCUGAUAUAUGUCUUGAUGAGUUGCUUGCCGCCGUUGCUAGGUCAAUGAGUGGAAGCAAGUACUUUUCUAGUGGUGGGGCAAUCCAAGACUUCGUUAUAUCUCAGGGAGAGUUUAUAUAUAACCAAUUAGCUGGUUUGGACGAGACAGCCAAGAAACAUGAAACAAGCUAUGCUGAGAUUCCUGUUCUUGUAGCUCUCAGAGAUGAGAGUAGUAAAAUUGACAAGGCUGCACAGAUUCAAGGAAGACCAUCUAAUGGGGUUUUGAGGAUUGAUGGAGUUUCUGAAGUUGCUGUGACCAAUGCCUUGACAUCUAAGCAACUGGUUGAUGGUGCGGAUGACGACAGAAGAUAUGCUAAACUGUUACAAGAUGAAGAGUAUAGGAAAUCUAUGCAGCGGCCCAGAAAAAACAGCAGCUCAGCUUCUGCUUCAAAUAAGUUUUACAUUAAGAUCAAUGAGAAUGAGAUAGCCAGUGAUUAUCCUCUCCCAUCGUACUAUAAGAACACCAAAGAAGAAACAGAUGAGCUUAUGCUUUCUGAUGCUUUGUAUGAGCUCGACGCUGAAGACCUGCCUCAAAGGAUGCUUCACAACUGGACUCUUUACAACUCUGAUUCACGGAUGAUAUCUCUGGAGCUUCUUCCGAUGAAACAUUGUGAUGAUACUGAUGUCUCCAUUUUUGGGUCAGGCAUGGUGACUGAUGAUAAUUUAUGUUGGUUUUCUCCUGACGAUCCUGACAGUGGUUCCCACUCAGAAGAUCCUGAUGGGAUGAGCAUAUUCCUCAGUCAAAUAAAGGAAUGGAAGAUUGAGUAUGGGGGAGAAUAUAUCUCCAUUUCUAUUCGAACAGAUAUGGCCUGGUACCGUCUAGGAAAGCCGUCAAAGCAGUAUGCACCUUGGUAUAAACCUGUUCUGAAAACAGCAACGGUUGGGAUAAGCAUUCUUACUUUGCUCAAUGAACAAAGCAGGCUUGCUAGGUUUUCAUUUGCAGAUGUCACAAAAAGACUGUCUGGGUUGCAGACGAAUGAUAAAGCUUAUAUUUCUUCUGAUCUUUUGUCCGUUCAGAGAUUUUUGAUUGUCCAUGGACAAAUUAUCAUACAGCUUUUUGCAGCAUAUCCCAACAAAAAAUUCAUAAAGUGUCCAUUUGUUGUUGGUCUUUCAAGUAAAUUGGAGGAUAGGCACCACACUAAAUGGAUCAUCAAGAAUAAGAAAAUUUUGCAGAAGCAACUGAAUCUGAAUCCAAGGGCAGAAAUGGCACCAGUGGUAUCCAAGAGGAAAGCUAUGCGAGCAACAACGACUCGCCUGGUCCACAGGAUUUGGGGAGAGUUUUACUCUAAUUACUCUCCAGAGGAUUCAUUGCAGGCGAUUGGUGCAGCCAAUGAGGAGGAAGAGGUGGAAGACCAGGGAGAAAAUGGGGAGGAAGAGGUUGAAGAGGAAGGUGAAAAUGAAGAUGUCACAGAGGAGACUGUACCAGAGCCCGUUGAGGUUCAAAAGCCUCAUACUCCUAAGAAAAUUCGAGCCAGUUCUGGAAAAAGGGAAAUCAGAUGGGAUGGCGAGAGUCUAGGAAAAACAUCUGCUGGUGAGCCUCUCUAUCGACAAGCCCUUGUUGGAGGGGAAACAGUGGUUGUAGGUGGUGCUGUUGCCUUAGAAAUUGAUGUUUCAGAUGAACUUCUGGCCAUCUAUUUUGUGGAGUAUAUGUUUGAAAGUACAGAUCACUGCAAAAUGUUACAUGGUAGGUUCUUACAAAGAGGAUCUGCGACUGUUCUGGGGAAUGCAUCCAACGAGAGGGAACUAUUUCUGACUAAUGAAUGCAUGACUGUACAGCUUAAGGACAUUAAAGGAGUAGUUGGCUUUGAGAUUCGAUCAAGGCCAUGGGGGCAUCAGUAUAGGAAAGAGAACAUCGCUGCAGAUAAGCUUGACAGGGAGAGAGCAUUAGAAAGAAAAGCAAAAGAUUUGCCAACAGAAUACUACUGUAAAAGCUUGUACUCCCCUGAGCGAGGGGGAUUCUUUAGUCUUCCACUAAGUGACAUUGGUCGUAGUUCUGGGUUCUGCUAUUCAUGCAAGAUAAGGGAGGAUGAAGAGGAGAGGUCUACAACUAAACUAAAUGUUUCAAACACAGGCUUUUUCUCCAAUGGGAUAGAGUAUUCUAUUGAGGAUUUUGUCUAUGUCAACCCUGACUCAAUAGAUGGAUUGAAGGAGGGAAGCAAAACUGUUUUUAAGUCUGGGCGGAACAUUGGGUUAAGAGCAUAUGUUGUUUGCCAAUUACUGGAAAUUGUCCCAAAGGAAUCUAGAAAGGCUGAUUUGGGUUCCUUUGAUGUUAAAGUGAGAAGGUUUUACAGGCCUGAGGAUGUUUCUGCAGAGAAGGCCUAUGCUUCAGAUAUCCAAGAAUUGUACUACAGCCAGGAUACAGAUGUUCUCCAUCCAGGGGCUCUAGAGGGUAAAUGUGAAGUAAGAAAGAAAAAUGAUAUGCCCUUAUGCCGUGAAUAUCCAAUAUCAGACCAUAUUUUCUUCUGUGAACUUUUCUUUGACUCCUCUAAAGGUUCCCUAAAGCAGAUGCCUGCCAAUAUGAAGGUGAAGUUCUCUACUAUUAAGGACGACACACUUCUAAGAAAGAAAAAGGGAAAGGGAGUAGAGGGUGAAACUGAGUCUGGGAUUGUUAAGCCUAAAGAGAUGCGUCUGGCUACACUAGAUAUUUUUGCUGGUUGUGGUGGCCUGUCUCAGGGACUAGAAAAGGCUGGUGUAUCUGAUACAAAAUGGGCAAUCGAGUAUGAAGAGCCAGCUGGGCAGGCUUUUAGACAAAACCAUCCUGCGUCAACAGUUUUUGUUGACAACUGCAAUGUGAUACUUAGAGCUAUAAUGGAGAAAGGUGGAGAUCAAAAGGAUUGUGUCUCUACUACUGAGGCAGAUGAACUCGCAGCUAAACUUAGUGAGGACCAGAAGAAGACUCUGCCACUGCCUGGUCAAGUGGACUUCAUCAACGGAGGACCUCCAUGUCAGGGGUUUUCGGGGAUGAACAGAUUUAACCAAAGCUCUUGGAGUAAAGUUCAAUGUGAAAUGAUUUUAGCAUUCUUGUCUUUUGCUGAUUAUUUCCGGCCACGGUAUUUUCUUCUAGAGAAUGUGAGGACCUUUGUUUCAUUCAAUAAAGGGCAGACAUUUCAGCUUACUUUGGCUUCCCUUCUCGAAAUGGGUUACCAGGUGAGAUUUGGAAUCCUCGAGGCAGGCGCAUAUGGAGUAUCCCAAUCUCGUAAAAGAGCUUUUAUUUGGGCAGCUGCACCAGAGGAAGUUCUCCCAGAAUGGCCUGAGCCGAUGCAUGUCUUUGGUGUUCCCAAGUUGAAAAUCUCUCUGUCUCAAGGAUUACAUUAUGCUGCAGUUCGUAGUACUGCACCUGGUGCACCUUUCCGCCCAAUCACUGUGAGAGACACAAUUGGUGAUCUUCCAGCAGUAGAAAACGGAGAAUCUAGGAUAAACAAAGAGUACAAAGCUGAGCCAGUCUCGUGGUUCCAAAAAGAGAUAAGAGGAGACAUGAUUUCUCUCACUGAUCAUAUCUGCAAAGAGAUGAAUGAAAUAAACCUCAUUCGAUGUAAAAUUAUCCCAAAAAGGCCAGGUGCUGAUUGGCGUGACCUGCCAGACGAAAAGGUGAAAUUAUCAACUGGACAGGUGGUAGAAAUGAUUCCCUGGUGUCUGCCAAACACAGCUAAGCGCCACAACCAAUGGAAGGGACUCUAUGGGAGAUUAGACUGGCAAGGCAAUUUUCCGACUUCCAUUACUGAUCCUCAGCCCAUGGGCAAGGUGGGAAUGUGCUUCCAUCCUGACCAGGAUAGAAUCCUCACAGUCCGUGAAUGCGCCCGAUCUCAGGGGUUCCCGGAUAGCUACCAGUUCUUUGGGAACAUAAUACACAAACAUAGGCAGAUCGGGAAUGCGGUUCCUCCACCGUUGGCGUUUGCUCUUGGUCGUAAACUGAAAGAAGCCCUACAACUCAAGAAUUCUCUUCAACACCAGCCUUAAGUAUCUCGAUUUAGAUUCGUCAUUUCCUUUAUAAUAUUCAUAGAAGUAGCUACGUUAUGAUCCUUCUCUUGCAACGAAACUCAAUAGUUAUUGGUGCUAGUACUUAUUAUUAAGAAAAAGCCUACGAAGAGUUUUUGUAUAUUACCUAUCCGGAUUGAAAAUCAUAUUGUAUAUAUAUUUCCCUUAAGGUCUCUCGAUUAUGUUUGUCAA